AUGGCCGAAUACGCCUGCUUCUUCUUUGGGGGCUUAGGUGCGGUCGUAGGAGUCUAUCUCUGUUACGAAGCUAUCAUUUUUGAAGAACAAAGCGAACUGGCCACCCGAGCAAUACAAAUGCUUGAGAAUCGUAAUAUAACUUUCGAAAACCCAUGGGAGUUUUUUUUGGAGCCCACAACUCCUCCUCCUGCCUACUCUAAGUUUUCACUGGAUUACACUAUCCCCUACUUUGUGGAAGAGUACGGACAUUUCGACAGAUGGGAUAGACAGACAAGAACAAUGGAACACGAUUAA